UUCCACACAGCAGCGGCGGCAGCGGCGGCGGUACGAUUAGGUUCCUCGCCGGCGCGAUCGACGCCGACUCCGCCACCAGCCUAUGACAUCUGGUGCCCGCCUCUAAGAUCCGGAACGAUGGCGGAGACGCAGCCGCGCUCGCCGCCGCCGUCGUGGUCGGUCAUCCCGCUGGACCUGGCGAGCCUGGUGCUCCGCCUCCUCCCCGCGUACGCCGACCGCGCCCGCUUCGCCGCCGUGUGCCCGCAGUGGCGCAACGUCGCGCAGCAGUUCCUCCGCCUGCACCCGCCGCUGCCGCUGCUCGCGCUCCCGGACGGCACCUUCUACAGCCUCCCCUACGCCAAGCCCUUCCGCUUCCCGGGAUUCGGCUUCGCCGGGUACCAGGGCGUCUGCGGCAGCUGGCUCGUCUUCCCGCGCGACGACGGGUGCUUCCUGCAUGACCCGUUCGCCAGGGCCACCGUCAGGCUCCCUCCUCUCUCGCGCGUCCGGCUGCGUCCUCCAAACGCAGUCCAGAAAUGGACAAAAUGGGAAGACGGGGAGCGCUCCCCCGACCCUUACACCACAUGGAUGCAUAUAGAGGACAUGGAAGGGAAGCUGCGCAUGAGCAAGAUAAUAUUGUGCUCCCCCAACCUUGUUGCUGCGCUGGUCGGUGUUGGAAGACCCUGUCACCUUCCAAUAUGCCAUCCAGGAGGCGCCAGUCAGAUUCUAAUGUGCCAGCCGGGGGCCUCGUCGUGGUCAGUACGCGCGUAUGACAAGUGUAAGCUUUACGAAGACAUGGCCUUCUACCAGGGCAAGCUCUAUGCCAUUGCCAAUGAUGAGAACCUCUUUGUGGUGAACAUCAGCCAGCACCAAUGCACCGGGGAUCCACAGGUCUCUCGAGUUGGACAGGUCAUCAAGGGUGAUCCCUGGCAGACAGUUGCGUCCGAAGACGACAAUACGCCCGGCAAGAAGCUCUACCUGGUUGAAUCACGCGGUCCAACCCUGUUCGGCAUCGACCACCCGACCCUCUCCGCGGUGAACGAGUCCGCCUGGUUCGUUGUCCUCUCGCGGACGGUCGAGCUCUGGCGCGGCGGUGAUGGCCGGCAGGGACCUCCCCGCCAGGCAUCCUUCAACACAAGCUUCACCAUGGACGGGACCUCCCCUGUGGCGUUCGUCGUCCUCCUCGACAGGUUCCCGACGUAUAAGGGAAAGUUUAUUAGUGUGACGACGUUCAUCUCCGGCCCGGGCGACCCCACGCAGCGGGGCAGCAACCGCUUUGCCGCCGUCAAGGUUGGCACGGUGAAGUCGUACGCCCCGGAGUCUCCACGCGUGGGCCUCAACGUCACCGUCACGCCCAGCAGCGCGACGCCGACCGUGACCGUGAUCUGUGGCUUCCACGGCUGCUGUGCCGCCGCCGUCGGUUUUUACUACAACUCCAGGUACAGGAGGUGGAAGAAGGAUCUGGAGCAGCUGGCCAAGUCCAUGCAACGACUCCCGGGGAUGCCAUGUCGGAUCGACUUCUCCGACAUUAAGAAGGCCACGAAGAACUUUGACGGCACAAUGAAGUUGGGAUCAGGAACCUUUGGCUCCGUGUACAGAUGCAGGCUUCCUGCGGCACUAGAAACGGGCCGUCCAGAAAUGGAGGUGGCCGUCAAGAAGUUCACGCGAAACGACGACCGGCGCUUCGACGACUUCCUGGAGGAGGUCAGCGUCAUCAACCGUCUGCGCCACAAGAACAUCGUCCCUCUCAUCGGUACGUAG